GUAAAACGGCGAGGACCACUUCCGUUCAGCUCCUUUUCUCGGCCCAAUCCCACAACGCUGGGAGCGCCCAUGCAGUACCGGAAAUUACGCAUGGCGGGUGAAUUUCCAAGACCGGUGGCCUAUGAGAUAGAUUGUAGUAUCUCCAUUUUGCAGAUGAGAAAACAAGCUCAGAGAAGUUAAAUGACUUACCCAAGAUACCAUGUGCUGAUACUCAGCUUUUCCUGAUUUCUGUAUGUUGUCAUCUGGUGUACGUCUGGUCCCCAGGAAAGUCCAACUCAACCAUUCCCUGAUCUGCACUUCUCGUUCCUUCAUGGAUUUGAAAACUCUCAUUUCCUCCUUGAAUGACUUUGCAUCCCUCUCAUUUGCUGAGAGUUGGGACAAUGUUGGAUUACUGGUAGAGCCAAGCCCACCACAUACUGUAAACACGCUCUUCCUGACCAAUGACUUGACCGAGGAAGUGAUGGAGGAGGCACUGCAGAAGAAGGCGGAUCUCAUUCUUUCCUACCAUCCUCCUGUUUUCCGACCCCUGAAGCGCAUAACCUGGAACACCUGGAAGGAGCGCCUGGUGAUCCGGGCUCUGGAGAAUAGAGUCGGUAUCUAUUCUCCUCACACAGCCUAUGAUGCUGCUCCCCAGGGAGUCAACAGCUGGUUGGCUAAAGGACUUGGAGCUUGUACCUCUCACCCCAUACAUCCUUCCAAAGCUCCCAACUACCCCACAGAGGGAACACACCGAGUAGAAUUCAGCGUUAACCACGCCCAAGAUCUGGAUAAAGUUAUUUCUGCAGUGAAAGGAAUUAAAGAUGUUUCUGUCACAUCUUUUUCCGCUAGGUCUGAUGAUGAAGAACAAACACGUGUCAGUCUGAAUUGUACUCAGGAGGCUCUGCUGCAGGUGGUUGUUUUUCUCUCCCAAAACAAACAACUUUACCAGAAAACUGAAAUUCUGUCACUAGAGAAGCCUCUGCUUCUACAUACUGGAAUGGGACGGCUGUGUACACUGGAUGAAUCUGUCUCCUUAGCAACUAUGGUUGAGCGAAUCAAGAGGCACUUAAAACUAUCUCAUGUUCGCCUUAGUCUUGGUGUAGGGAGGACCUUAGGUAAAUAUACCUCUUUUGUUUUGCCAGUAUAUCCACUGAUAACAUUGGGCAAAGGUGAAACUUUUGGUUAUAUUAAUGUAAGGGAUAGAAAACAUGCUAGCAGCUCAUGGGAGAUGAUUGGUUUACUUUAUCGAUUGGGAUGGGCUAGGUUAUGCUGUGGUAUACAUCUCAAUGGCUUAAACCACAAGAUUUACUUCUCAGUAACACUGCAUGUUCAUCUCAAGUCAGCAGGGGAAGUCUGGCUGCUCAUUAUAAAUUGGUCGCUGUUGCAGAGGGAGAAAGAGUUCUAGAGGAUCUUAAACCAUCAAUUAAAAACUCCAGUCCAGAAAUGAUACAUGUUACUUAUGUUCAACUCAUCAUCCAGAAUUAGUAAAUUGCCCAGCACAGCCGAGGGAGGGCAUGAAGUGCAGUCCUACCACGUGCCAAGGAGAGAGCUAGAAAUAAUGAUUGCUACAAUUACAACACGCAUCUUGAACUUGACAAUACUGGUAAUAUUGUAUAGUGAAGUGCUGCUAAGUGAUUUGGUCCACUGCAGUUUGACUUUCAUAACCACUGUCUUUUCUCUGGUCUUUCCCACUACUUUUGGGAACAAAGAGUGAACAGAACACUUGUUGGACCCCUGUAGUAAGCCUUGCACUGUGCUGAGUUUCUGAAGUAUGUUAGCUCCCGCUGCAAAGGCAGUGGAGCCUAGUGGUUAUGAGUGUGGGCUCUGAAGUCAGACGACCUGGCUUCAUAUUUGUCUGUCCUGUCUAUUUGCUCUAUAACUUUAGACACAUUAUUUAACCCUUCUGUGUCUCAGUCACCUCCUCUGUAAAAUUGCAUUAAUAUUAAAACCUCAUAGUGGUGGUAUUAUAACCCACAUGAUACACAUAGCACAGUGACUGGUGCACAUAAGUACAGUAAAUGCCACCUGGAGGUGGUAUUCUCACUUUAUAGGGAAAAAAAUUGAGGGUUCAGAGAGCUCAAAUAACUUCUCCAAAAGUUCAGAAUCAGAUCAAACAACUCAGGGGAGUUAGUUUCCAAAGAAGAUGGAUGGCAGAGGUGGGAUUUGACUUCUGAUCCAACUCCAAGCCUUUUUUUGAAGUACCAUGCUGCCAGACUGGAGUGAGCAUUAAACUGUCCAUUCCAGAAACCUAAGUGCUAAGUGCUUGUUGGAUUUUGGCUUGAAUGUUUGUGUUAUUUCACUCUUCAGAGGAUGCUCUUUGAGGAUAAAUACUAGAUUAAAAAAUAUGUGACAAAUCACUUCCUAGCAUUCCUGUUUCUAAGGAGCCCUUUUUGUUCCUCCGAUUCCUCACCUGAGAAUAGGGAGUACCUGCCUAUCUCUCACUGUCAUCUGGAGACCCAGGUUAAGUUACUGUGCCUUGCAGCACUGCGAUGAAGCCUAGAGCCGGGGCAUUAGUACCAUUCAGUAGUUGCCCUAUCUGGGUUUGCGCAGCCACGUCCAAAGGGGUAACAACUAUCCCUGCUUUGGGAUAGUUAUGCAAUACCUAAGAUACCUAAAAGUUAGUAAGCAAAAUUCAUACUGAUGAGACCAGGAGUGAAAUCUGCAUUUCAUUCAGGAUUCUCAGUACAAAUUAUAAUAUUAAAAUGAAGGGAAAUUGUAAUGUGUUGGUCUCUUUUUCC